CAAUUAUUAGGAACAUCCGGAAGGUAUCGUAGAGAAAGUUCGGCAUUGGAACGUUGAAGUUAGUGAGUUAAUCGUCGGAAUCAUGUUCAUCGACAUACCCGAAAUUCUGGACAGCAACUUUCUAUUGACUUCAGGUCCGAUUUACGCUAUCUUACAUAUGUUAAAACGAAAUACUUUCUAUACGAAAGUUGUAGCCUUACAUCUUAGGAAUCCACAGAACCAAACGGUUUGCAAUUCCGUGGAGAAACGAUGGAGAUAUGCCCAAAUUACUGCAAGCUGUCCAGUUGUGACGGAAAUGACAAAGUUGGCAAAUUUCGAUGUUGUUUCCACUCCCGCUCAUCCGUAAGGUUUCGGCCGAUGAUUUCCAGGUCUGUACCUUUGCAUUAGACUUGUCGAAUCAUUCAUCACAUACGUACAUGAACAUAUAUGUUAAUCCAUAUGUUGAAAUCAUCCCAAAAUAUAUAUGUGAUACAUAUAUUAGUCAUCUUUGUGUUAAGACCAAAAUAUACCAAAUCCAUAAAGUCAAUAUAUAUAUAUAUAUAUAUACAUAAGUAUUUAUAAACAUUUGAGAUCAACCCAAAAAUGUAUAUAUUAAUCAAAGGUGUUUAAAAGACUUAAAGAAGUAUUUUUGGACACUCAAAAUAUCAAGAGAAACUUUCACAGACCUAAACGGUCGACGCAAAGGGUCGACCGUCACGUUAAACUUCGAGACGAACCAGGACUAGAUCAGGCGGAAGUGCGUCUCUUGUAGUUGUGAUUGUGCGGGACUUAGCAGUCCGACAUCACGGACCGGGCUUAGUGUACGUACAUGGUACUUAGUUUUUCGAGUACCACCCCUAUUUCUGCAUGAGUUCGUCGUACCAAAUGGGCGAAUCUCAUAGUUCAAGGCUCGUCCUUGCGUCUUAGAAUCAUGCAUCAUGUUAUCAUCAUCAAGUACAUCGAUUACAUAGGUGUCAUGUAAUCAUCAUCAAGAACAGGUAUAUUGAUUACAUAAGUAUCAAGUAAUCAUCCUCACAAGCAAAUUGAUUAAAUGUGCCAUCAUGUAAUUAUCAUCAAAAAUUUAUCAUCAUGAAUCAUCAAAUUGACCAUAUGAUAUAAUGUGUCAUAUCAUGAAUAUUAUUAUACAUUUGUGGACGUAUAUAUAUGUAUAUGUAUACGUCUGUGAAUCAUUCUACAAUUCUAGCGUGGUACCACUCAGCGGUUUCGCUGAGCGUGUAGUUUGUAUUUUUCGUUGACUACACGUAGGUAACAAGAAGACAAUGAUGGAACCAUUCCCGGAGGGCAUUGAGUCAGAGAAGAUGCAAGGAUGGCAGACAAAUGUUUGAUCAACAUAUUUUAAAAAAAGUCAUGAUUUGAUUAGUAUUGUACUUCCGCAUUACUCUGAAAAUAUUUUUAAAUGGGUCGCGAUCCAGAGUCUGUAAAUUUAAUAUUUAUAAUAAAUUUUCAUUUUCAAAUGUCAAGCAAAAUUUUUAUUUAACUCUCAUUUCACCUUAAUUCGUAUAAUUCCGGGUUAUACGGAUUGGGGUGUUACAACAUAAGUGUGAUGAAGUGACACCUCCUAAUCAUGAGAGUGUGAAGUUUAUGUCUAUGAAAAAAUAGGCAUUGGACAUGUGUAAAAGAGCAUUUGAUGAGAAUCGGUUUGGUAUACUCAGAUCCCGCUUGGGUCUGUGCUUACCCAUCUUUUCUUGAUCUAGAGGAUGCUCUAAGAGGUGUUUCAUCCCCAGCCUGGAAUACCUUAGAGCAUAAGUGUUUUUGCUGGUUGUAUACAUGUGUUUUAAUUCUUUCAGAUUAUUACUUUUUCAGAUGGAUCGUCCGAGGGGGAGUCGCCCAAGUAUGGCACAGGAUGAUGUGACAAAGUCUAAGUCUUUUUUAUAUUCAUUAUUAUAAUGCUCAAGCUCGCUUAGAUGUUACUCUUCUCUUUUUGCCCCAAUAUUCUUAAUAAAACCUUUGAUAUUUUUUAUGCAAAAAAGGGAGAGAAGAGGUUCAAAAUAGCUAAGAUUCAUUUUUUGACAAAAAAAAUUGCCAAUGGGGGAGAUUAUUAAUUCUGUAUUGUGUUGGCACUAUUUUUUGAUAAACGAAUAGAUUAACCUAGAAUUAUUUUAGAUGUUUUAUUUAGACAUAGAAUCUUAGCAUGUGCAGAAAGAGAAAGAGGAAAGAGCUUGAAGAGAGAAUUCUAAUCCUACUUGGUUAACUAUUCUUGAGGAUGAAGCCAUGGUUGAGACUCCUAAGUACACUCUAAAAGAGUUAUUCUAUUCCAUAUAUUAUCUUCUUCUUCCCUUACAUUUUUGGUGUGCGAAAAAUACGAAAGAACAGAAGCAGAUCAGAUCAAAAGAAAAGGAAGAAGGUGCAGAUUUUGACAGUGCAAAUUUUCUAGACACCCUACACGUAUUUGAUCAUCGCCGGAGAUCGGACAGUUCGAUUUUGCUGAAAUGUUUAGAGAGCGUUUCCAACACAUCAAUCAAAGUUACAAAUCAUCUGUUAUCAAAGUUACAAUCUACAUAUUGUCGUUGGUUUUUUUUGCAGUAAACGCAGCUCUGGUUUUGUCGAUGAUUGGAGUACGAAAUCUUGUCCGAUCAUGCUGAAAUUUUAGGAGGAGUCUAAGAAUUCGUGGAGCUUCAAUCUUAACGGUGGAGAUCGAAUUCCAAUGGUUCAAUAUCAAUUUAUGAGCUUCGGACCAGCAUGCAUAUUUUUUGUGAGAAAGACAAAUAUUUGUUUGAAGGUGUACUGAAAUCUACGUCCUUGAAGAAGAUCUUAGAGAAGGUGUAACAAGCCGUGGGGAUAGACGCAAACAAAUUUUGUUGUCAAUUCAUUCGUAAGUAGACAAAUCAAUACAUUAAAAGGUUUUCUUGUGAUUGUUCUUACAGUGAUUUAGUGGAAGGGUUGUUUCACGGACGUAGGCCCCAUAGACCUAGGAGAGGUUCUUCGAACUGCGUACUGUUUACUGCUUUUACUUUAUAUUCUGCGUGUGUGCUUGUGAUAGAGAAAAUAUUAUAGCACUCUUUCUGUUAUCUGUUACUGUGACAGUGCUGUAGUAUAUUCUCUACAACAUAGUUGUUUGAUUCAUUUGCGUAGCUUUCAAUUGGUGAUUUCCACUGCACCCCCACGAACUUACAUCUCGGUUUCAUGAUAGGGACAAUUCU